AUGGCUUCUAACCCUCCUGCCAAAUGCUGCACUGUCGGCACCCUUCACGAGGGUGAGCCCAAGGGAAAGGACAUCAAAAUCGAGGGCAACAUUGACGCCUACCUGGCCACUCCUCCCGCCGACAAGGCUCGCGAGGGCAAGGGCAUCCUCUUCAUCCCCGAUGUCAUUGGCAUCUGGCAGAACAGCAAGCUGCUGGCCGACAACUUCGCCGCCCAGGGCUACACCGUCCUGCUGCCGGACAUCUUCAACGGCGAUGCUCUUGAGCUAAACCGGCCCGACGGCUUUGACUUCAUGACGUGGAUCACCAAGGGCUCGACCGGUGACAACCCUCACACCCCCCCGGCAGUUGAUCCCAUUAUUGUCAAUGGCAUCAAGGCGCUGCGUGAUCUGGGCAUCAAGAAGAUCGGUGCCGUUGGCUACUGCUUCGGCGCAAAGUACGUCGUCCGCCACUACAAGGACGGAAUCGACGUCGGCUACGUGGCCCACCCAACCAUGGUAGAGGAGGACGAGCUCGCUGCCAUCACCGGCCCUCUGUCCAUUGCCGCUGCCCAGACGGACUCCAUCUUCCCCGCAGAGAAGCGUCACAAGUCAGAGGAGAUCCUGAUCAAGACGGGCCAGCCCUUCCAGAUCAACCUGUACUCUCACGUCGUGCACGGCUUCGCGGUGCGCUGCGAUGUCAACGUCAAGGUGGAGAAGUUUGCCAAGGAGCAGGCCUUUUUGCAGGCUGUCACUUGGUUCAACGAGCACCUGUAA